ACGUCCCUAUAUUGACUAAACUACUGAAUUCUGGUAAAUAUGGCGCAAAAAUGCUGCGUAUCUCGUUUUGGAUUGAAAAAUGUCAAUGAACUUAGGAUGUUCAAGUAAAUUACAAUAUUUAGGUAUACACUACAGUGAUCAAAUUAUACAAAGAGGGAAUGAUUUAAUCGCCCACUGUCCCACUCUCUUGGCGGGAGUGACAUAAUAAUAUUAUGUUAUCAUUUUGUGUCUUGAUCUGACAAGUGACAAGUUAACAGUGUUCAGACGGAACUUUUCGUUUAAAGACGUCGCGUUUUAUUCACUAGCUACAGCAGUCAACGGAUUUGUAAUAUUCAACGGAACAUAUUAUAUAUAGUAUAAAUAUAUUAUACUUAAUAUUUACGUAUAUUUCUAAAAUGCAGGUAUAGUUUUUAAGUUUUAAAUUUUAAAUUGUUUUAAACGUGUUGUAAUUACUCAAAAGGUAUUACGUAUACGAAACAUUACUAAAGUUUUUCAUACCUACUUUUAUCUAGUUUUAUACUUUUCAGAAAAUUCGUUUCAAAGUAAUUAAUUCCUGCAUAUAAAUAAACACGGAAGUGACCAUUAAUCAACUACCGAUAUGAAAUUAAAUUCCUGAAGAAAAGGGAAAGCUCUCCACAAUGGUAUUUGCAGGAAAUGUCGGGCCUGGUAUUGGUGUAAUGUGUGCUUCGUUUGUCGGAUGUGACAAAAUUAUAGCAACUCUGUGUUUUACUUUGGGUUUGGCACUAAUGGGAUUCUGUUAUCCCAGCAUCCGUGUCAAUUCACUUGACUUGUCACCCAAUUACGCUCCAACUAUAAUGGCACUAGUCAACGGUAUUGGUUGUUUAUCAGGAAUGGCUACUCCUUACAUCGCUGGAAUUCUGACACAAAAUAGAACUGUGUUAGAGUGGCGUCUUGUGUUUUGGAUUAUGAUGGCAGUUAUGACAGUAUCAUCUUUGGUGUAUGCGAUAUAUGGAUCUGGCGAAUUGCAACCCUGGGAUAACUUACAACCUUAUUAUCUAAAAGAAAACAAAAAAUCAAAGAGGGGAUUACCUAUUUACACAAAUCGUGAUAGUGUGAUACUAUCAUAGAUAUAUAAUAUUAUACUUUAGAAGUUUCAAGUACCCACGAAUAAUACUAUACAAUCAUAAUAAU